AUGGAGCCAAUUUCCAUUGCAUCAUUGGAAAACAGAUUAAACAGACCAUCCGAGCCUGAAGAGGUAGAAUUCAAUUAUAAACUAGAGGAAUCUAGCAACAUCGAUAUAAAAUCAUUUGAGAUAUUAUCAACAAUUGGUAAUGGUUCAUAUGGCGAGGUUUUCAUCGUCAAACAAAAAGAUACAGAGAAUGUAUAUGCUCUGAAAAAGAUCCCAUACCAUGAUGUAUUUGAUUCCGAAUUAGUUAUAAAAAGAGCAAAAAGAGAAAGAGAUGCUAUGGUUGCAUGCAAUACCAGAGGAAACAAUAGAGGUCCAAAGCUACAUUAUGCAUUCAUUGACAAGGAGGAAGCUACAUUUAAUUUGGUGAUGGAGUAUCUUCCAGGUGGGGAUUUUAACAGUCAUUGCUACAAGAGGCAAUGUGACAAUAAUUCUUUCACCAUGCAAGAGAUUCAAUUUUAUAUUGCAGAGUUGGUUGUCUGCAUCGAACAGUUCCAUAACAUGGGUUGGUUGCAUCGUGACGUAAAGCCAGAGAAUCUCAUGAUCAAUCGUGAUGGACAUUUGGUGUUGUGCGAUUAUGGUAGCUCCAAACAAAUCGUCAACACAAACAGUGCAGAUAAAGUAUUUGGAAAUACUCCACCAAAUUUCACUUCAUUCUUAAGAAAUCCAAGUUGUUCAUAUACAUCAUAUGUUGGAACACCACAGUAUAUGGCAGUUGAAGUUGUACAAGGAAUUAUUUAUUCCAAGCUUUGUGAUUAUUGGUCACUUGGUGCUAUUUUAUUCGAAUUAAUCACUGGUCAAGGACUUUUCGUUGAAUCACCCGACACCACCGAACAAAAGAUAAGAGAAAACAUUGGAAAUUGGAGAGGUCUUUUGAAUACUGCAAUUUCAAAGAACCAACCAAUUCCAAAAGUAGCAGAAUCUUUAAUUAGAGAUCUCAUUGCACCCGAGAGAAAGCGUUUAGAUUCCAACGCAAUAAAGAAGCAUCCAUUCUUUGAAGGUAUAGACUGGUUAUCAAUAUCAACCUGUAAAGCCACCCCACCUUUUGUACCAAACAUAUCACAUCCAACUGAUACUUCUCAUUUUGGUCAAUAA